AUGGGCGCCGCGGAGGAAACAGUGAAAAAGUACUGCGACUUGAAGAGGGGCCUGAAGAAGGUGCUGAGGAUCGCCAUGGCGGUCCCCAUCAAGCAGCAAUUCAACGACUUGAAUGCGAGCUUGGAUUGCUUGCUGAGCGAUCUGACUGCUGCAAUGGCUUCUGAACUGCGGACAAGCCUGUCCAUUGUUGGGAAACAUGUCAUCCUGCUCCAACGUGACAUCGACAACAUUGAGGGCCACUUGUUGGAUUUGUCGGAUGAAGUUCGGGAAGGGAAGGAAUCUGUGAAAGCAUGCAUAGAGAAGCUGGAACAUUCCCUCAAGGAGGACAUGAGCGGGAGGAAGGCCAUGCAGAGACUGGCAGAGGCUGCAACAAAGACACCCCAUAUGCACUUGCCAGAGCAGUUCGUGAACCUCGACUCCAGGAUCAAGGAAGUGAGAGGCAUGCUGGAGCAGGGGGCACAGGCAGUUGCGCUGGUUGGGAUGGGUGGGAUAGGAAAGACCACAUUAGCCAAGGCUGUGUACAUCGAAAUGCUUGCCUCUGGAGACUUUAAAGCGAUGGGCCUUGUCACAGUUGGUCAAGAACCCGAUUUGCUGCAGUGCCUAAAACAGAUAUGGGCAUCCCUGGUUUCGCCAGAUGGGGGCCCUCAAUGCAACAAUGUGCAAGAUGUGAAGACAGAGCUCCUGAAUGCCCUGCAAGACAAAAAGGUUUUCUUGGUGUUGGAUGAUGUCUGGACGGAGAGCAGCCUGGAGAGCUUAAUGGUGACGAGCAGUAACAGUGCCAGCAGGCUCAUCAUAACUCUAAGAAAUUCAAAGCUGGCGCUGAUGGCAGGCGCCCAAGUCUAUCAUGUGGGCCUGCUGAACGACAUCCAGUCCAUGGAGCUGUUCUGUAGGUGGGCGUUCGGGCAGCCCAAUGUACCCAGUGACAAAUACAGUUUUUCAAAGUUCGUGACUGGGAUGGUGACAGAGUGUGGGCAACUUCCGCUGGCCCUUCGGGUGAUCGGAUCCAUGGCUAAGGGAUACCGCACAGCUGUGGAGUGGCAGUCCACCGAAAGGAAGCUGAGGCAGUCCAGGUCAUUGGGGAGGGAGUACGAGGACAACCUCCUGGCAGUGCUGCAGAACAGCUUUCACGAUCUGCAGGAGGAACAGAAACACUUCUUCUUUUGUCUUGUGGCCUUCCCAGAGGGCACCCCAGUCAGAGUGUCCGACCUGGUGGAGUACUGGGCUGCACAACAGUGUCUCGAUGACACAGAGGCGGAUGAAGAUGAUCGCCUCCUGGACGGCUAUGCCAUUUGCGUCCAGCUUGUGGACCGAUCGCUAUUCGUGCUGGAUGCUUCCUUGGGUCCGUUGGGCUGCUUCACAACAGAUGUCCUGUGUGACAUGCAUUGCUACAUGCACGACAUGUUGAGGGAGAUGGGUCUGCAGAUAGCAAGGGAGCGACAUGCUGUGGAGCGAGAGCGGCUGCUGUUUCCGUCCCUGGAUCGGAUCGGCGGGGUUACCAUUCAUGCUAAGGAACUGUCAACAUGCAAUUGUCCUUCGGAAUCCUGGCCUGAAGGCUUCCGUGCCCCCCGGCUGUGGGCCUACCUUUCUCGAGGAUCAGGGUCCAUGAUGCUCCCCCCAGGUCUGUGGCUGUCCCAGCAGCUCAGAGCCUUGGAUUUGUCGAACAGUCACCUGGUCAGCUUGCCGCAGGACAUCAAGCGGCUUGCAAACUUGGAGGUGCUGAGACUGGAUGGUUGCCAGGGAUUGACGGAACUCGACGCUGGGUUGGGCGAGCUGAAGCAACUGACCAUACUGUCCCUUCGCACGUGCACAAGCUUGACUGCACUGCCUGACUGCUUCACAGGCAUCCCCCGACUGCAUUCUGUGUACAUUGGCUGCCCAGGGGUAGAGUCAUUGCCCCCGUCCCUGGUGGUUUUACCAAACUUGAGGAAGCUCGUUUUGGACGGCUGCCAGGGCCUUCUGGUGCUGCCAGGCAAUAUGCAGAUGCUUGAAUGUGCCCAGGUGCUGAACUUGGCUGGCUGUGAGCUCUUGGUACACGUUCCUGAUCAGUUGGAGUCGUUGACCUGUCUCCAGGAGGUGGUUUUCGCUGGCUGCAAGUGCAUUGUCAAUAUACCAGAGGGCAUCGGCGCCCUGGAGCAGCUUCAGAAGUUAAAUCUGAAACAUUGCAAAAGCCUUACCCAGCUCCCUGAGACCUUGGGGAACCUGACCGAGCUGCAAACACUGAUUUUGGAGGGCUGCGAGAGCCUUGUGCAGAUUCCAGAUACCCUGGGUUUGUUGACUCAGCUUCACAUGCUGGAUCUCAGCGGAUGCAAACGGCUGGCUCAGAUCCCAGAGAGUGUUGGCUCAUUGCACCAGCUGGAAGUGCUGAACCUCAGGUUUUGCGCCAGCCUCGGGCACCUCCCUGAGGGCGUGGGCUCACUAAUUGAACUGCAGGUGCUGGAUCUACGGUGCUGCAAGAAGCUCACACACAUACCUGACAGCGUGGGCGGGUUGAGCAAACUUGAAGAGCUGUUGUUGCCGGGCUGUAACAGCCUUCGACAGCUCCCUGAGAGCGUGGGCCAGCUGAGCAAGCUCCAGGUGCUAAACUUGAACCUAUGCAUGAACCUGGAGAGUAUUCCCAAGAGCUUGGGGUCUCUGCACAAACUGAAUAAUUUGAAUCUUAAUUUUUGUGCCAGUUUGACGCACCUGCCAGAGUGCAUGGGAUCGCUCAGCCAGCUAAAAAAGCUGUACAUACUGAACUGUGAUAGUCUGGAAGGGGUGCCAAGCGGUUUGGAGCAGCUGGAGGGGCUUCGAAUAUGGCGCUAG